AUGCCGAAUGCUCGAAGGCUGGUCUUGACGGCUGCCGUCACCUCAAUCACUAUUGCAGGCACCCUGUAUGGAGCAGGCCUGAAGACAAACAAAGAGAUAUCCGAGAAUUCCCGCAAGCAUCAGGAAACUACUUUUGACGAAAAGCUUGCGGCUCUUCGAGGCAUGCGGUCCAAUUUGACUGCUCGGAAAGGCAUGAUCGAAAGUCAGAUUCGAGAUUUGGAUGCGAGGGUGCAGGAGAAGCAAGAGAAGGGGAUUGGCGGAGCCAACCACGAAGAGCAGCACAAGGGACGUUGA